AUGGCAGCGACAUCGACAACCCUAAGUCGCGUUUUCCAGAUACCACCAGAGUUAACCGAACACACUCUCACCCUUUGCCACCCUCGCGAUGUUGAGUCGUUCUCGCAGACCUGCCGGAAAGCACGCCGCCUGGUUUAUGGGAGCCCAGAUCAAUAUCUUUGGCGCCAAUUAUUCCUUCUGUUCCCCUUCGACGAUCCUCGGUUGAUCUCAUCCCCAUUUCAGGAAGACGGUCAAUUCAACUGGAGGAAGGAGCUACAUCGGCGAAUGGAGGCGCAAUUAAUCGCUUGUCGCACAAGUUCAACCCUUGAAGACCUCUUGAAGGCCAUCGAAACUUUUAUUUCUGUGGUGCAAAGCGCAGCCCCCGUUACAUGGGGACACGAACGUGUUCCAUCCCCCAAUUUAUUGUGGGUCGUUGAAGUGUUGCAAUCCACAAAUAUGCUUCGCUACUUGCCAUUACUCUUCUCAGAAGAGGGCAACCAAUCGUUGGCUCGCCUGCGAGCACACCUUGCACUGACAUUGGAUGAGUACGAUGAUGACGACGUCGAAGGGAAGGAAAGGUUGAAAUCAAUACGGACGAGGAGUCGCUGUCAGGUUUAUGACCUACGAAAUUACCAUCAAGACAACGACUGGGGCCCAUUCAACAUCAUAGCAAGAGAUGUGGAUUGGACUCACAUAGAAUCGAUUAUCAACGUUGUAUCUAUGAACCUUUCUGACCGUCUAAAUGAUUGGCCGGAUACAAGGCCGCGAUAUGGGCUCGAAGCUACUCGAGCAUAUUCAGCACCUGGCACCACAUCACUAGCAACAGGUGAUUGGGCAGGUAUUGAAGGUCACUGGAGGAGAUAUGUCUGUUUCAUGGAUUAUCGGUAUGACUUUUGUUUACCAUCUAUUCGCCCAACACUCAAUUGUCUCGCUGUACCAUCAGAGAUUUGUUUGUAUGGCAACAGAGGCCACGGACAACGAGAUGGCACCUAUUUUGACACUCCACAUUUUGAAGAGGCUAUGCGCCUUAUUGAGCUCAAGCUGACGCUCAUAGACGCUCAGACAAUACCUGAAGUAUACACACUCGGCCACUUCCCUGAUUCCCCGUAUACGCACUACCCCACCCUGUAUUUCACCGGAUCAUCCUGGGGCAUAAAGGGUAAUGAGGCGACUGUCGUUGGCUCUGUAACCAUGUCGGAAGGGGGCGUAGUACGAUGGCGAUUUCAUGAGUUACUCCAGGCAUCUAUUGCCAAUUCGCAUAUUCAAUGGAGCUCCGAAGGGGUGCAAAUUGGCGGCAUUGCUAGUGCGUUUGGAGUAAUAGGAACAUGGACAGGGGUUCAUCAUGACCAUGGCGAUCCUGUCGGUCCUUUUUGGCUUUACAAAGUAGAGGAUGAUCAUCCCAUCUAUAUGCGAACUCUCGUGAACAAUUGAGUCGAUGCUGGAACCACUUCAUGAUUGUGACGUCAAUCACAUAGAUACUAUUUUCUUGCAGUGUUUUGAAUAUUGCUUUCGUUGUAUGGGUAAUCAGUCGGACUUCGUACAUAUCCCGUACCUAAGCAUCAUCCAAUCACGAUCGCUUAUGUCAUCAAUACACGAGACAUUAGCGAACGCGUUUUUUUUCUCUUCUUUUU